AUGGCAGAAGAACUCAAGCUUCACAGUACAUGGUCAAGCCGAUUUGGUUUGAGGAUUGCUUGGGCGCUACAUAUCAAAGGGGUUGAAUAUGAUGCCAUUUUUGAAGAUUUAAGCCAGAAGAGCCCUGAACUCCUCCAGUAUAAUCCUAUUCACAAAAAGGUUCCUGUGCUUGUGCACAAAGGCAAACCAAUCUGUGAAUCGCUGGUAAUUCUUGAGUAUAUAGACGAGACAUGGAAGGAAGCUCCUUUGCUACCUCAAGAUCCUUACGAGAAAGCCAUGGCACGUUUUUGGGCAAAAUUCGGGGACGAGAAGCUUCUGCCAUCAAUAUGGAGUGUUUUCACAGGACAAGGAGAGGAGAAAAAGGAAGCUCUUGGUCCAGCGAUGCAAAACCUAGAACUCCUUGAAGAGCAACUGAAAGAAAAGAAGUUUUUUGGUGGAGAGGAAAUAGGAUACCUGGACCUUGUAUUUGGUUGGUUGGCGUAUCUUCUUGAUGUGUUCGAGGAGGCAAUCGACCUGAAGUUGUUUGAUGCAGGCAAAUUUCCUCACUUGUCAGCAUGGAUGAAAAACUUUUAUGAUGCUCCAGUAAUCAAAGAACACUGUCCACCUCGAGACAAACUAGUAACCAAAUACCAGACAGCAAAUGCUCCCAAAUGAACUAGUUUGUGAAGCUGAUCAUGGAAAUAACAACAAACACCAUCAGCUAUGGCUGAACCGCUUAUGUCAAGUUUUGGAUGUUUUAUGGACUAUCAGUAAUAAAAGUUAUGAGAUUCUUACUUAUCUAUCUUUGCUUGUUGGCUAAAUUUACACUGUAUAUGUAAUUUUCAAGCGUCCAUUAAGAUAUUGUAAUUUUAUUUCAAAUCCUGUUAGAGCAAUGAAAUAUUGCUGAUUUUAAAUUGAAGAUGUCCUAGAUUUCUUAUA